CUCUGGUUCUCUUUAUAUUUUUCAUUUUAAUGCUUGUUUGGUUUCCGGGAAUUUUUUCGAGGAUGAAAAAAGCUAACUUUGGAGUUUGCAGCUUCAUUGUUCUCGUGUAUCUCUCCCUUUUUCCCAAGAAAAUUUAUUCAUUUUCCCAAGAAAAUCAUCCGAAUUCGGAUCUGGGUGUUCCUCUCUGAAUGUUCUGUGCUGUGUAGAGGUGAGUGUAUCCUUUGCCUUGGGAAAGCAAGAGGAAAGUUAGGUUUCUUUUUGGGUUAUUACAUGCUCUGGAAACAAGACUUGUCCAAACGACCGCAUAAAGCUCUGAGCUUUCAGGGAUCUGACAAUGGGGAAGGCCAUCGCUAAGGGUUCGAAGAACGUGAAACCCGACUGUACAUUUUCCCGAAUACGACUGGUGAGAGGUGUGAUAUGUUUGUUGGUGCUAUUCUCGACCGCUCUUACGAUGUUGAUUUUCUGCGGGUUCCCUACCGGCGUAGCGUUGCGACUUUUUAGCGUACACUACAGCCGGAGGACCCUUUCGUUCUUCUUCGGUUCAUGGCUUGCAUUGUGGCCAUUCCUCUUCGAGAAGAUCAACGGAACUAAGGUAGUGUUUUCGGGCGAUAGAGUUCCUCCCGAGGAACGAGUAUUGCUCAUAGCAAACCACCGCACGGAGGUUGAUUGGAUGUACUUUUGGGAUCUUGCAUUGCGUAAAGGACGGGUCGGGGACAUUAAAUACAUUCUCAAGAGCAGUUUGAUGAAACUGCCAGUGUUUGGUUGGGCUUUCCACCUCUUGGAGUUUAUUCCGGUCGAGAGGAAAUGGGAGAUCGAUGAAGUCAAAAUCCGGCGGAUACUUUCAACUCUAAGGGAUCCUCGAGACCCUCUUUGGCUCGCUCUUUUCCCCGAGGGCACGGAUUACACGGAGGCCAAAUGUGAACGGAGUAGGAAGUUUGCCGCCGAAAAUGGAUUCCCGGUGCUAAACAACGUCCUGCUUCCGAAAACGAAAGGUUUCAUCUCGUGCUUAACAGAAUUGAGAAGCUCGCUUGAUGCAGUCUAUGAUGUAACCAUAGGGUACAAAACCCGCUGCCCGUCUUUCCUCGACAAUGUAUAUGGUGUCGAACCUUCAGAGGUUCACAUUCACAUCCGUCGCAUCAUUCCCAAUCACAUCCCAACCGAAGAAAAGGGAAUCUCGGCUUGGUUAAUCGAAGCUUUCGAAUUCAAAGACCGACUUCUCGGUGAAUUCUACUCCAAGGGUAAUUUCCCGAAUGAAGGAGGUACGGAAACAGACCUUUCCUCGGACAGGAACCUCAUGAACUGUUUGGCAGUGAUCAUCUUCACGGUCACAUGCACUUAUCUUACACUCUUCGGCUCGGUCUGGUUCAAAAUUUACGUGUCUUUGGUCUGUGCCUACAUGACUUCGGCAACACGUUUCGAUCUUCGCCCUCUACCACUUGUCGAGGCUGUGAAAACAAUGUUUCGAAUCCGAAAAUCGUAAAAUCGUGAUCGGAAUAUGGUUUUGAUGUUGUGGUAAGUUAAUGUUAUAUUCAAACAUUAAUCAAGUAAAUGUACUUAGUUUAUGUUAUUGUCUCUUUUGAGCUCUUACUUCAAAUCUUACAGUGUAAGAGAUUGAGUAAUGAAACCCUAAGGGAAAAAAAAAGUUUUUGUUUUAAGUUGGUUCGAAA